UUUCGUUGCUGUCUAAAUGGCCAAUCAACAUUACAUUGUUAAUCGACCGCAUUGUCAAGAAAUGGACAGACCAUUUGGAUAAAUGAGAUUUCACAUCUUUUGUUAGACAAGGGACACACGCGCCGGUUUCCUACUGUGAUGUGUCAUGAUGUGUUUGUUAUGUCGAUAUGUGUUGGUGUCAUAUAAAUAAUGUGACGAAGUUGCCAUAAAAAUUGAACAACUAUUUAGACAGAGGGACACGCGUUCUGGAGGACACAAGCCACCCUGGAUGGACUACUGACGACAGUCUGACUUGGACUUUACGAGACGCGAACGAAGAGAAUCAUCUAAUCAGAACGCAUUGAUCCAGCACGUUGAUUCUGUCAGAGAUGCAGACGUUCGUGAAAGGAAAGAGAGUCGGUUACUGGCUCAGCGAGAAGAAGAUUAAAAAACUCAGUUUCCAGACCUUCGUCGAUAUGUGCAGGAAACAAGGCAUAGAGAUGAUUCAGCUGGAUCUGAGCCAGCCAAUAGAGAAGCAGGGUCCGUUUGAUGUCAUUAUCCACAAGCUGACAGACCACAUUGUUGAUGCUGACCAAAAUGUCACAGAGUCUCUGCUACUUGUUCAGGGUGUUCAGGACUACAUAGAUGCUCAUCCUGAAACAGUGAUUCUUGACCCUCUUCCCGCUAUUCGUACCCUGCUGGACCGCUGCAAGUCAUACAAGCUAAUCCAUAAACUUGAAGAAUGCAUGCAAGAAGACAGAAUCUGCUCACCUCCAUUCAUGGUCCUCAAGAGUGAAUGUGGCACUGAGACUCUGGAGCAGCUCCAGAAACAUGGAAUCACUUUUCCCUUCAUCUGCAAGACCCAGGUUGCUCAUGGCAUCAACUCCCAUGAGAUGGCCAUCAUCUUCAGCGAGGAAGAUCUGAAAGACAUCAAGCCGCCAUGUGUCCUCCAGAGCUUCAUCAACCAUAAUGCAGUGCUGUAUAAGGUGUUUGUAGUGGGAGAGGCCUACAGUGUGGUGCAGCGGCCCUCCAUUAGAAAUUUCCCAUCUGGACCCACAGACAGGAGAGCAAUAUCCUUUAACAGUCAUAAUGUGUCUAAACCAGAGUCCUCCUCUGACCUGACCUGCAGGGACAACAUGGAGGGCCAGUACUGGGAGCCCAACAAUGAUGUCAUUCAGAAAAUAUCUAGAAGGUUACGACAGGCCCUUGGCAUUUCUCUGUUCGGAAUAGACAUCAUUAUCAACAACCAGACUGGCCAGCACGCCGUCAUUGACAUAAAUGCUUUCCCAGGUUAUGAAGGAGUGCCCGAGUUUUUCGAUGACCUGUUGAGUCACAUCACCAGCGUCCUGCAAGGUCAGGUGUCUAACGGAGCGCCGUGCGGUCAUCUGAGAGUGAACGGGAUAGCGCAGAGCCCGUCUGUGGCCUGCGGGAUGCACUGUGGCAUGCUGGGAAACGAAAGCAGUUGGUUGAUGGACAGGUCCCCCCAUCAGGGACUGAGCUGCGGCGGCGCUUGCAUGGCUCCAAACUUUCACCCGCAUGGCAGAUCGAGUUUAGCAACGGAGACGUCCUCGCAGUGACCCAUGCGAUAGAAUAUUUCAUUACUGUUCACAAACCAAAUGAUGCUUCAUCAAAGGGUAGGUGUAUAGAAAAUUCCUUGUGCCAAAUGUGAAUUGUGUAGGAAAUGAUUGAAUGUGUAUCAGUCUUCUCAUUAUUUAAUUUCGUGUUUGGAAUGGAUCGACCUGAUUUUGGACAUUUGAUUUUUUUAUGAAUGUUGCACUGAACUUGAUUCGAAGGAAAAGGGCUUUGUGGAGGAACUAUACAUUUUAUUGAUGUUAAUAUAUUAAUGAGAUACUUGAAAGAAAAUAGGUGUCAUGAUUUGGGUGUAAGACAUUGCACUAUUUAAAUAAGUGUCCAGCUGGCACUAAAGCGGUGUAUCGUAAAUUCUGGCCAAAUAAGAGAGCUAGAAGACCUUUAGUGCUGUCUGAAGCAAUCUGCUGGAAAUGAAUCUUUUAAAACACAGCAAGAGCAGCUCUGGUUGUUUUUUAAAAAAGACUGAAGUGUAAGAUUUUUUUAAGCCUAAUCAUUUCAUAUCUGAAGGACCGAAAACCUUGUAAAGGUGCUCCCACACUGGCAGGGGCUUUGAGAUUGUAUGGGGGUUAUGCAUUGAUUGCAUAUAGAAAAUUAAAAAACUUAACCAAAAAUAAAAAGGUAACCCAAAAAAUUAAAUUCAGUCAUCAUUUUGACUUUCUUUAUUUUUUAGUGCACAAAAGAAGAUAUUUUAAAAACACUUUUAUUGUGUUAAAUUGUCUUUUUUUUUACCAAAAAAAAAAAAAAACUAUCCCUGCAGUGUAAUUGAUGAAUGUGUUCAAUUUGAUAGUUGUUUGUUAGUCCGUUUUAUGCCCAUUACGCUAUUCCUGUACAUGAUGUAUACUUUGUAAAUAUGUUAAUUUUGUUUUCUUUGGAGACAGACAAAAACUCUAAAGUAACAUGAAAAGGAGAAUAAAACCACACUUA